AUGCAAUCGGCAAGCGCUCCACGAACACCUGGUUCCCCGACGCGUUCCUCGUGUCACGAGCGCGAUCGGGAGCGUGAGAGGGAACGCGAGCAGGAGCGAAAUCGCGAGCGGGAACGCGGCGGAAGACAGAGCCGGACGAGUCCUGAGGAGAAUCGAGAGGAUCGCGAAGAGCGGGGUGCGAUCGCGAGGCAGGGUCUCGGGCCUCCUGCCGCGAUCACGGGGAAUCAAGGAUUGCCGCUGUCCUUGUCGUUGGAGGAUCGGGAGCUCUGGACCAGAUUCCAGUGCAUCACGAACGAGAUGAUCGUCACGAAAAACGGAAGGAGGAUGUUUCCGGUGGUGAAGGUCGUUGCACGUGGCUUGGAACCGGCGGCUAUGUACACGCUGCUACUGGAAUUCGUUCAAAUCGAUCCGCACAGGUGGAAGUAUGUCAACGGCGAGUGGGUACCAGGAGGAAAAGCCGAAGUGGCCCCGCCUAAUCCAAUUUACAUACAUCCGGAGAGCCCGAAUUUCGGUGCACAUUGGAUGAAGGAGGCAGUAUCGUUCGCCAAAGUCAAGCUAACAAAUAAGUCGAAUGGUAAUGGACAGAUUAUGCUGAACUCAUUGCACAAGUACGAGCCACGUGUUCAUCUGGUCCGAGUGGGUGCUGAGGAACAGAGAACGGUUCUUACGUAUCGUUUCCCUGAAACGCAAUUCAUCGCAGUGACAGCGUAUCAGAACGAGGAAGUAACGAGUCUAAAGAUCAAGUACAAUCCUUUCGCGAAGGCAUUCCUCGAUGCUAAAGAGAGGCCCGCCGAUUCACAAACUUAUCCUCAAUAUGCGGGUGCAUUGUUUUUACCGCAACCCACAAUGGGAUACGAAUACAAUACUGCAUCGGCAAUAGCCGUCGCGCAAAAUCAAGUUUCGGCUUGCGUUAGCAAUCACUUUUCCAAUUCGUGCACGGUCACCACCUCUGGACACAGAAGCACUUGCAGAGCAGCUCCUUAUACCUUGAGACACAAAUAUGUCCAAGAUGAACAACACGCGGACUCAUACACGCCGAUGCCUCUUUUGCAUUCCACGGCUUACGUGACAGCACCGGCUUGGUCGCCUCGCAGCCCGGAACCAUUGCAGAACCUCAAUUCUUCGUGCUUACCAUCAGCCGCGUCGCAAGAAUGGUCAACAUCCCCAUCGCCGUCGCCGACGUCGUCGGCGCACACAGUCCUCGGCAGACCCGUGGUCGGUACCGCAUCCACCACGACCGUGACCGGAUGCACCCUGUACGUACCGUCCCAGGAACAACACGGCGGGCACUGUACCGACUCCUGGAUUCAUCCCACCGCGUUGGAACAGCAGCAGCCACAGCAUCAGCAGCAACAGCAAUCCUAUCUAAACUUAAAUCUCCACCUGCAUCAUCAGAUGUCCCCGUACGGUUCCGUUUCGCACCCGGGACUGCAUCAUGGUCUGCACCCGCAGAGCGGAGAACCCGUCGCUCCAUCGGACGCGAGCGAAUACGUCCAUGAGUACCAUCAUGCCUCGCCGGUGCAAUCGACCACUCCUGAUCAACACCGUCAUCAUCCUCAUCAUCAUCAGCACCCGCAGCAUCAUUCCCAAGCGCAAAUGUUGCACUUGCAGGCUCUACCGCAGGGGGAAACCUCUUCCCCGGUCAGUGUGGAGUACGAUAGCCCACCUAAGGAGCAGUCUCAUAUUCCGAUGGGUUACCCCGAGCAAACUGCGGAUGCUUUGAACGAGGUGCAACCGGACGAUGAAAGAAGAUAUCUAACAGCGGUCGUCGACCGUCACCCUCCUCAUCAUCUUCAUCAUCACAAUCAUCAUCGACAAGACACGGAGAUUGCCGGCGAGCAGCCGAACGCUUGGACGCCGUUGACGCCACCACCGGCGCCGCAAACUACCGCUAUUUGAUUCGAAAAUUCUGGGAAAUCUUGCAUUAUGCAAAAACGCAUAUUCGAGUUUACGCGUGACCGCGCGUAAGAUUGUCGACGCGGGAAUUGUCACAGAGAUGCAUUCUUGUUGGCGUGACGUGUGAUUGUUGAUCGAAGUUAAGUGUAUUAAGCGCGGUAGUUAAUCAAGAAAAUUUUAUCGCGCCCAAUAUUGAUAUUAAAAUAUCAAUUUAUAUCAAUCCGUCCUAAAUAAUGUAGUAUUUCGAUUAUUUUUAAUUAAUUGCGAAAAAUAUUGUUAGUAAUACUAUGUCAAGUAUAUCAAAAAAAAAAAAAUAAAAUACAUAUCAAAUAUUUGUUUUUUUUUCCUGAAACAUUUAUUUAUUCAAAACAUAAAAAAGAAUUUAAUAUUGCAAACAUAAUACACAUUUGAUCUGUAUCCAAUUAUAUCUGUUCAAUAUGACAAAAUUCUGUAUAGUGUCUCAUAAAAAUAAACAAUUAUCUUCAAAUUUCUUCAAUAACUAAAGAGAAUUGCGAUAAAACAGGUCAUCCUGUUGUGGGAUAUCAACGUUUCUUUCUUAUUAACAGCAGGUAAGGCUCUCACAAUAUUAUAGAUAUCA